UGCCCAGCGCAGUGUGGAUGCUAAGCUAACGCAGCGCUAACGGCGGACAGACUGGGGUAGUUUUAGCGCCUCUAGUCUGAGAUUUAAUGUAUAUGUGGUGUUUGAGGCGGGAUAUACUGCAGAUAGAGAGCUACACGGCGAGCUCUUGGGCGAGAUCAUUCAGGACCACCGUUCAUCUCAACACAGAUAAAACUGGCUGACAUGGAUGAGCAGAGUGUCGAGAGUAUAGCGGAGGUGUUCCGCUGCUUCAUCUGCAUGGAAAAGCUGCGAGACGCUCGGCUGUGUCCUCACUGCUCCAAACUCUGCUGUUUCAGCUGCAUUCGGCGCUGGCUGACGGAGCAGAGAGCUCAGUGUCCACACUGCCGAGCUCCACUGCAGCUCCGGGAGCUGGUAAAUUGUCGCUGGGCAGAAGAAGUGACCCAACAGCUGGACACUCUGCAGCUGUGUAACCUCUCCAAACACGAAGAGAACGACAAAGACAAAUGUGAAAACCAUCAUGAGAAGCUGAGUGUGUUCUGCUGGACCUGUAAGAAGUGCAUCUGUCACCAGUGUGCUCUCUGGGGAGGAAUGCAUGGUGGCCACACGUUUAAGCCACUGGCCGAAAUCUACGAGCAGCACGUGACGAAGGUCAACGAGGAGGUGGCCAAACUCCGCCGCCGGCUCAUGGAGCUCAUCAGCCUCGUACAGGAAGUGGAGAAGAACGUGGAGGCGGUGCGGGGAGCGAAGGACGAGCGCGUGCGGGAGAUCAGGAACGCCGUAGAGAUGAUGAUCGCUCGGCUGGAUAAUCAGCUCAAGAACAAACUCAUCACUCUCAUGGGCCAGAAGACUUCUCUCACUCAGGAGACGGAGCUGCUGGAGUCUCUGCUGCAGGAGGUGGAGCACCAGCUGCGCUCGUGCAGUAAGAGUGAGCUGAUCUCUAAAAGCCCGGAGAUCCUGCUGAUGUUCCAGCAGGUUCACAGGAAGCCCAUGCAGUCCUUCGUCACCACACCUGUCCCACCUGACUUCACCAGUGAGCUUGUUCCUGCGUAUGACUCGAGCACUUUUGUCCUGGCAAACUUCAGUACGCUGAGGCAGAGAGCAGACCCUGUCUAUAGCCCUCCACUCCAGGUGUCCGGGCUAUGCUGGAGGCUGAAGGUUUACCCUGACGGGAACGGUGUCGUUCGGGGAAAUUAUCUCUCCGUUUUUCUGGAGCUGUCAGCUGGACUCCCCGAGACAUCCAAAUAUGAGUAUCGGGUGGAGAUGGUGCAUCAGGCCUCCAAUGACCCCUCCAAAAACAUCAUCCGGGAGUUUGCAUCCGACUUUGAGGUGGGGGAGUGCUGGGGGUAUAACCGCUUCUUCAGGCUGGACCUGCUGGCCAGCGAGGGUUACCUCAACAUGCAGACGGACACGCUCAUACUGAGAUAUCAGGUGCGAUCGCCCACUUUCUUCCAGAAAUGCCGUGAUCAGUACUGGUACAUCACCCAACUGGAGGCGGCUCAGUCCAGCUACAUUCAGCAGAUUAACAACCUAAAAGAGAGACUGGCUAUAGAGCUUUUCCGCCGGCAGAAGUCUCGGAGCUCCUCCCCACCGGACCGCCGUCUCUGUCCCUCCACCACUGCCUCCGCCGGACCAUCCAACCGUGACUCGCGACCUGGCAGCUCCACGGCAGAAGAGGGGAACCAGACAACCACAUCUGAGACCAAAGAGGAAGACGAAGAAGAGGACGAGGAGAAGACUCAGCAGGAUGACUCGAAUGAGCUGUCUGAUGGUGAUCUGGAGGUGGACUGCCUGACCGGAGAUGAGGAUGUUAACCCACUGGACGGCAGCAGCACAUCCGGCAGCUCCACAGCAACCAGCAACACGGAGGAGAACGACAUUGACGAGGAAACAAUGUCUGGAGAGAAUGAUGUGGAAUACAGUGGAAAUCUGGACCUGGAGGAGGGGGAGCUGCCGGAUGACAUCAUGGGGGCCACAGGAGGCUCGAGUGCAGGUGUGCGAGGACUGAGGCGAGGGGGCGGAGCCUCUGCCAGUCUGCUGGAGAUCGACCCGGUCAUUCUGAUUCAGCUGCUGGACCUGAAGGACCGCAGCCAUGUGGAGUCACUGUGGGGGAUGCAGCCUCGCCCACCAGCCUCGCUGCUUCACAACCAAGCUGCUGCGGUUCCGCCUCGUAAGGAUCGUGAGCGCCGGCCGCAGGCGGUUCGGCGGUCCGUCCCAGACUCUGGUGUGCUGACCCGGCUGAAGGCCCAGAUGGCGGAGGUGCGAAGUAAAAUGUCGGAUGUGAAGGGGCAACUGGAGGCCCGUGGAGCGACGGACCCUCGAGUGGCUCCACUGGAGCACGGACCCUCGGCUGACCAGGAGCCAGCAGCCAGAAGAAAACCCAGCCAACUAGACCUGCUGUUCAAAACACAUGGAGCGUCACGGCACGGGCGGCACGGUGGGAAGAAGGCACUCUCCCCUAAACAGGAAGUGGGCGGGGCGGUAGGAGGUCUUUCCCUGCGCAGGUCCGGAGAGCCUGGAGAGAAGGAGCUGAGAGGUGGAGGAGGAGAUGCAGCUGUGGAUCUGAACCUCUGCCCCAGAGAGGGACCCUCUACUACAGACAGUUCGGUGAAGUCUCUCAGCCUGCACGGUUCUCCCUCGUCUCUGCCCAGCGCCUCCUGCUCCUCUGACAAACACUGCGGAUCUAAACCUGACGAGUCUCUGUACGGAGCGUCCAGCUCCGACGCAUUCAGCCUCGCCACCCUGAACGGGGCGCCCCCGACAGGUGCCAAGCAGCGCAGGACUCCCUCCAUCGGGGUGGGUUUGCUGACAGAUGGAUCUUUGGACUGCGAGCCCGAGGGUCCCAGCGAAAUCCGCCAGUCACUGCUCACGCUCGCCGAGCCGCCUGCUAACCCACGACCGGACGAAGGGCUGCUGUGUCAGAAGCAGUCUCCUCACCUGUUGGCAGGUAUGAGCAGUGACAGUGAGGCGGAGUGCGAGACGGAGUGUGAGAAUGAGGACGAAGCUGUGGCUCUGCAGGCCGGAGAACGCCAGUACGACUCGCUCACCUGCCCAGGUGAGCAGCUGACGACGGACGAUCUGAGCUUUGCGGCUGGAGAGUCCACGGAGAGGUGAUGAUGAGUGGACUCCAGGACGGCUGUGUGUGACCAUGGGUUUAUUUCACUGCACUUCAUCCACAUUCAUAUACCUACUUUAAUAUCCCACAGCAGAACACACACAGUUCUGUUUCCACACUAAGAUCUUAACACGUUCGGAGACGGAAGGGGGGACGAGCCCCUCUUUAAAAGACCAACAAUCUGUUACAAGCGAAGAUAUAACAGUAAACCUUUUCCGUUUAUUCUGUGGCUUAAGGAACAGAGGUCCUGGGUGAUAAUAUGUCCCGUUAUUGUGUUAUUUCAAGGUUAAACAGCACUUAUUCUGUUUGACGGUCAUUCUUGAUUGUCCUCAUUCCACGUUUGUUCCUUUUUUUUUUGUCCUGGAUCUGCUGCUUAAUGUGUCGAGAGUGAUCAGGAUCUGCCAGAAAGCGCCUGGUUUGUCUGGAAUGUGCUCAUAUGUUGUGUGUGCACUCGCUGGGCCGUAGGCCUUUGUAGGAAGUAGGUGGCACCUUCUGUUCCAUAUGUUAAGCUUUUGGAGCCGAAUGCCAGAAAAUGAAAGGUCGCCAAGAUUGGCGGUGAUGGCAUUUCAGAGAUAUUUUUGAGUGGUUUUGGCACAGUCUGUGAAUGUGAAAGAUGCUGCUGCUCCCGUAAUCGUUCUUAUUUAUAUUUGUGUUCCUUUGUUGUCUGCCCCUAAGGGUUUUUUUUGGUCUCUUAAGGUUUCGCAUUAGCCUCUACGGUGCUCAGUGUGAUUUCUAUGAGUGGUGCUGUGGCUUUCUGGGCAUUAGAACAUAUUUUGGGUGAAAUAAAGUUUCUACAGUGCAAGCUAGCUUUAUUAAAAUGCACUUACAUGGACCAUUUCUCAAAGGAAGAGCAUGCUAAUGUGGCUAACAAUGAAUGGGAGCUACACUCUUAGCAAAAAGGGUUCUAUAUAGUACCAAAAUAGGAUUCUUUGGCUUGUAGCAAUAGUGGAACCCUUUUUGGCGCUAUAUAGAACCCUUUUCAAAAAGGCUUUUAUAUAGAACCACCUGUAACACAUUCUCCAUCAGUCUGAAGAACGUUUUCACGACUCAAAGAACCUUUUAAUCAUUCAAAGGGUUCUAUAUAGCACCAAAAAGGGUUCCACUAUUGUUACAAGCCAAAGAACCCUUUAUGGUACCGUAUAGAACCCAGUUUCAAAAAGGCUUUUAUAUAGAACCACCUGUAACACAUUCUCCAUCAGUCUGAAGAACCUUAUCAUGACUCAAAGA